AUGGCCACGAUCACUACCACAGCGACCGAGCUCCAGACCAUCCCCGGGGCGGAGGAGCGCAACGGCAACGAUUCCAAUAUCCAGACAAAUAGAGAUCCUCAGCUCAGCGAACGCGACGUCCAGCCAUCUGCAGACGCGGCAAACGUAACGACUGCAAUCCCCGAUGGAGGCUACGGCUGGAUCAUAGUUCUGUCUUGCUCAACACUCACCUUCCAUUUCAACGGACUAACAGGAAGUUGGGGCGUGCUACAAGCCCAUCUACUCGAAGACCCUCUGACCGGAGUGCCUACUUCGACUGUUACAUUCGUGGGAUCGCUAUGCGUAGCACUCGUUGUGGCACUGGGUGUGUUCAGCAUCCGACUUUCGCGAUGGAUAGGGGCACGAGGUAGCGCGCUUGCCGGAGUCACGAUCCUAGGUCUGGCCGAAGUCUUCUCUGGCUUCACCACAUCCAACAUCGGCGGGCUGUUCGGCGCAUCCGGCGUGAUGGCUGGCCUCGGAAUGUGCCUGUUGUACGCGAUCAGCAACAGCCUCCCAACGCAAUACUUUAGCUCCAAACUCGGCACUGCUAAUGGACUGGUCAAGCUUGGUGGUGGCGUAGGAGCGACCGUCCUCGCAGUUGCACUCGAGGCUCUCAUACAGAAGGUCGGCAUCCCCUGGACGUUUCGCAUACUGGGCUUCAUCACACUGUCCACAGGACUGCCGGCCGCCUGGCUGAUCAAGGAACGAGCUCCGACCCAUAAUGUUCCUUUCCUUGACCUGAGGAUGUUCCGCAACGUGGCGUAUACCUCGGUGUCUAUCGCUGCAGCACUGGGUACAUUCACCUUGUUCGUCCCACCCUACUUCUUGCCACUAGUUGCACGCUCGGUAGGGCUGUCCUCUGGCACCGGGGCUGCGCUUGUUGCGGGGUUCAACGGUUGUACGGCGGUCGGUCGUCUUGCCUCUGGACCACUUUGCGACAAGCUGGGAGCUGCCAAUACUUUCCUCAUGACCAUGGCGUUGAGCACUCUCAGCAUGCUCGCCAUAUGGCCUUUUGCGAACAACUUGGGGCUGCUAGUGGUCUUCGCCAUGCUCAACGGCGUGGCAAACGGCUCGUUCUUCGUCGCGAUGCCGACAGUGGUUGCCAACAUGUUCCCCGGCCGUGCAGCGCUCGCCAUGGGUCAAAGCAUUACUGGCUGGACGAUCGGGUAUCUCUUGGGCUCCCCCAUUGCCGGAUAUCUGCUAACGGCCACUGGUGCUGACCAGUCCGGCUCCAUUGACGCUUACCGGCCGGCAAUAUUCUAUUCCGGGGUAACGGCACUGGUCUCGAGUCUGUUUGUACUGCUGGCUCGGCUGUCGUUGGAUCGCAAGCUGUGGAAGAAGGUAUGA